AUGUGGUGCAGGGGUUGGUGCUGGCUGUGGAGCUGUGUUGGGGCUGGCGUCGAGGCAGGCGCAGAGGAUACAACUGAAGCAGGUGCUGAGGUUGCAGCUAAACUGAUGCUGACGCAACUGCUAGAGCAGGUGCUGAGGCUGGACCUGCGGGAGGAAGAAACACAGCAAGUUUCACAGCUUCAUCAGGGACAAGUUUCACAGCAGGAGGAAGAAACACAGCAAGUUUCACAGCUCCAUCAGAAACAAGUUUCACAGCAGGAGGAAGAAACAAAGCAAGUUUCACAGCUCCAUCAGGAACAAGUUUCACAGCAGGAGGAAGAAACACAGCAAGUUUCACAGCUCCAUCAGAAACAAGUUUCACAGCAGGAGGAAGAAACAAAGCAAGUUUCACAGCUCCAUCAGAAACAAGUUUCACAGCAGGAGGAAGAAACAAAGCAAGUUUCACAGCUCCAUCAGGAACAAGUUUCACAGCAGGAGGAAGAAACACAGCAAGUUUCACAGCUCCAUCAGAAACAAGUUUCACAGCAGGAGGAAGAAACAAAGCAAGUUUCACAGCUCCAUCAGGAACAAGUUUCACAGCAGGAGGAAGAAACACAGCAAGUUUCACAGCUCCAUCAGAAACAAGUUUCACAGCAGGAGGAAGAAACAAAGCAAGUUUCACAGCUCCAUCAGAAACAAGUUUCACAGCAGGAGGAAGAAACAAAGCAAGUUUCACAGCUCCAUCAGGAACAAGUUUCACAGCAGGAGGAAGAAACACAGCAAGUUUCACAGCUCCAUCAGAAACAAGUUUCACAGCAGGAGGAAGAAACAAAGCAAGUUUCACAGCUCCAUCAGGAACAAGUUUCACAGCAGGAGGAAGAAACACAGCAAGUUUCACAGCUCCAUCAGAAACAAGUUUCACAGCAGGAGGAAGAAACAAAGCAAGUUUCACAGCUCCAUCAGGAACAAGUUUCACAGCUUCAGCAAGAACAAGUUUCACAGCAGGAGGAAGAAACACAGCAAGUUUCACAGCUUCAUCAGGAACAAGUUUCACAGCUACAGCAAGAACAAGUUUCACAGCUACAGCAAGAACAAGUUUCACAGCAGGAGGAAGAAACAAAGCAAGUUUCACAGCUCCAUCAGGAACAAGUUUCACAGCAGGAGGAAGAAACACAGCAAGUUUCACAGCUCCAUCAGAAACAAGUUUCACAGCAGGAGGAAGAAACAAAGCAAGUUUCACAGCUCCAUCAGGAACAAGUUUCACAGCUUCAGCAAGAACAAGUUUCACAGCAGGAGGAAGAAACACAGCAAGUUUCACAGCUUCAUCAGGAACAAGUUUCACAGCUACAGCAAGAACAAGUUUCACAGCAGGAGGAAGAAACACAGCAAGUUUCACAGCUUCAUCAAAAGAAAGUUUCACAGCAGGAGGAGGAAACACAUCAAGCUUCAAAUAUUGAAGAACAAGUUUCACAGCAGGAGGAAGAAACACGGCAAGCUUUACAGCUUCAAGAGCAGGUUUCACAGCUUCACCAAGGACAGGUUUCACAGCAGAAGAAAGAAACACAGCAAGCUUCACAGCUUCAAGAACAAGUUUCACAGCUUCACCAAAACCAAAUUUCAGCGCUUAACCAAGAACAAGUUUCACUGCUUCUUCAGGAACAGGUUUCACAGCUUCAGCAAGAAAAACAUCAGCAGCAGAAAGAGGAACCCCAGGAGGAAACAGAACAAGCUUCACAGCACAAUCAACAGAAUAAGGAAACGCAUCAGGAUUCACAGCAUCACAAGCGGAAUGAUGGAACACUGAAGAACGAGAGCACAAAUCAGGCAUCACAGCUUCACCAAGAAAGACAGAGAAGCCAAGGAGGAAAACAGCAAAAUGAUUCAAACGGUGAAAUAGAGCAGAUCUCGCAGCAUCGCCAACAGCAAGAACAAUUACGGCAGAUUUCAUAG